CAACCCCGUCUCAGCCUCCAUCUGAUGGCAGCAUCAGGCAGUCCCGUGGAACAUUUGCGUGGGAGUUCCCUUCACCGCCAUGUCGGGAUAGUGCAAAUCUCUCUCUCUCUCUCCCUCUCUCUCUCUCCUUCUCUCUCCGUGCAUCCUCCCCCACAUUAACAGCUUAGCACAGCAGCAGCAGCAGCAGCUCCUACAGCAUCCAGCAUCCAUCCCUGCCUGGGGAGCAGCAGUCCUACCCGGCGCAGCACCGAGGCACGGAGGGGGCGCAUCAUCCAAGUGAUGCCACAGCACCAGUCGCAUUUCGACAACAAAUACCGAGAGUAGACCCUGAAAGGAGGGAGAGAGAAAACCAGCUUCAGCCUCGAAGACAGUAACUGUCCAUGAAGAUGUCUAACGCUGACAUCGUCUUAAACGCCACCGAUCGGAUGGUGAAAUCUGUUCCCUUCCCCCUGAGCCACCGCCUUACAAUGAAGGAAGUGAUCGACUGCGAAGGGAAACCACGUGUGGAUCUCCUGAAAGCCCACCUCACCAAGGAGGGCCGUGUAGAGGAAGCUGUGGCACUCCGAAUCAUCAACGAGGGAGCAGCUAUCCUGCGCCAGGAGAAAACUAUACUGGACAUCGAGGCACCAGUUACAGUGUGUGGUGACAUCCAUGGGCAAUUCUUUGAUCUUAUGAAGCUGUUUGAAGUGGGAGGAUCACCAGCCACAACACGGUACCUGUUCCUCGGGGACUACGUGGACCGUGGCUACUUCAGUAUUGAGUGUGUUUUAUACCUCUGGUCGCUGAAAAUCCUCUAUCCAAAGACACUAUUUUUACUUCGUGGAAAUCAUGAAUGUAGACAUUUGACAGAAUAUUUCACCUUCAAACAAGAAUGUAAAAUCAAGUACUCAGAGCAAGUGUACGACUCAUGUAUGGAUGCAUUUGACUGCCUUCCCCUGGCUGCACUCAUGAACCAACAGUUUCUGUGUGUCCAUGGUGGGCUCUCACCUGAAAUACACACCUUAGAUGACAUUAAAAAGUUGGAUCGGUUCAAGGAGCCGCCGGCUUUUGGGCCCAUGUGUGACCUGCUGUGGGCUGAUCCUCUGGAGGAUUUUGGCAAUGAGAAAACCCAGGAAUAUUUCAGCCACAACACAGUGCGAGGCUGCUCCUACUUCUACAGUUAUCCAGCUGUAUGCGAGUUCCUGCAGAGCAAUAACCUAUUAUCUAUUAUUCGAGCUCAUGAAGCACAAGAUGCAGGCUACCGGAUGUACCGCAAAAGUCAGACCACUGGAUUCCCAUCCCUCAUUACCAUCUUCUCAGCACCAAACUACCUGGAUGUUUACAACAACAAAGCUGCUGUACUGAAAUAUGAAAAUAAUGUCAUGAACAUCCGACAGUUCAACUGCUCACCACAUCCCUACUGGCUGCCCAACUUCAUGGACGUCUUCACCUGGUCUCUGCCAUUUGUCGGAGAGAAAGUCACAGAAAUGCUGGUGAAUGUGCUGAGCAUCUGCUCUGAUGAUGAACUCAUGAUGAAUGAUGAAGAUGAGAUAUUUGAUGCCAAUGCAGCUGCAGCACGCAAGGAGGUGAUCAGGAACAAGAUCCGUGCUAUUGGGAAAAUGGCCAAAAUGUUCUCAGUUCUCAGAGAGGAGAGUGAAAAUGUGUUGACACUUAAAGGCCUGACGCCCACUGGCAUGCUGCCGAGUGGGGUUCUCUCUGGAGGCAAACAGACACUGCAGAGUGCCACCAUUGAAGCCAUUGAAGCCAUCGAGCCGACUGAUGAGGAUGGAGAAGGUAAACCUUUGCCCCAUCUUCCACCCCUCCACAUAUUGUCAGGGUGUCGUGCUGCAGAGGUCACCUGCCACUAACACUUCAUGCACACAACAGCUCACACAACAAUAACUCCCAUCAAGCAUCUCAAACAUUUCACAGGACAGUUUGAUCCCGGGAUUGCCUGGAUGGCUAUUCUUUUCUAAUGGGUGCCUGAGUUGUAAAGAGGAAAAACAUCUCACAAUUAGCAGUACUUGCAGGGUGGGGAGCUGGUGAGGGAUUGUGUUCUCGUCACUGUUUGGUCGAGGUACCGAGGAGGGAGGGGGAAGUGGGGAGAUAACACAGGAUGUUGCACACUUAAUACACUAUU